UCGUUUCAUGAUCCCCAAAUUGUUUCCCUUCGAUUCCUCCACGGAACUACAGGAUGCAAAAAGAAAAAAAAACAGUCCAGUUCCAGCAUGUCGCGCCAUGGAUCACCAAGCUGCAAGCAGGCAUGGCGACGCCAGCGUCAAGCAGGCAGACAACGCGGCAUGCUUUCGGUUUCGGGUUCUUCCUGGAAAACUUCUCUCGUAUUUUAUUGCACACACAACGCGUUCGCUGGGUCUUCGUCUUACAUAAACUCCGCGGAGGCAAGCAGAAGCUGAUCACUCGAUCGAGGUAUCUUCUUUCUUCCACAACUCCAUGGAUGAGACUAUCCCCGCUGCUGCCGUGGCCUGCGCCGAUGCCCGCGCAGAAGAGCCGAAGAAGCCAGCUGAUCUCCACGCAGAGUCGCCGGAGCCAGCCGAUCUUGAGAAGGCGCCCCCACACGGCGCGCUGCGCGGCCUCGGCAUCGCGUGCCUCCGCGCCGCGUUGCUGGCCCUCACGACGUACAGCCUCGCCGUCACGGCGUGGCGCGCGCGCCACGAGCCGCGGGACCUGGCGCUCGUCGUCGGCGCCUGCGCCGUUCUUGCAGCGCUCUGCUUGUGCCUCCGCCGAGCCGAGCGGAUCACGCCGGCCUCGCCGGCUGGGGAGAGGUGGUGGGUGCAGCUCGCCGUCUGGGCUCUGUCCACCGCCCUGAGUCUGGCGUUCGCGCACCGCGUGGCCGCGCUUAUGCCGCCCGCGCUGGCCGUGGUUGUGUGGUGCAUGACGUCCGUCGUGGUGCUCGCCGGUUUCUACAUGCUUAUGCUCUGCAAAGAUCGACAGUAUCAAGCCCAGGAAGAUGUCGACUGCUGCGAUGCUGACGGCAUGGCCUUCAAGAAGAUGAGCCCUGCUGAUGAAUUGGGGCACCACAUAAUCAAACCGAACCUGCAACGUCUCCCAUCUUUUUUGAAGACCCGGAACAUUGCCGGCAUAUAUUAAUACGAAGAAAGGUUUUUUACAUGCGCUAGAGGCGCAAAAUAACAUAUGGGAUGAGCAGACUGUCUAGUAAGGCCCAAAUAGAAAGGAAAAAAAAAACGACUACUCGCCGCUA